UAAGUUCGAAAAUCGAAGCUCGUUUGCAAUGCAAACUUCAAUCUUACGUACGAAACCGCGUACAACUGUAUUUUUAAUCAGCCAGUUCAGGUGUUUGCCCAGUCCAACGACAGAUAAUGCCUGUAGUUUUUACACACAAACACAACAACACCAACAGCAAAUUAAUAAAACAACAGCUCAGCAAUUGAACAACGUCGUCGGCAUGGAAAUACCUAUUCAGACACAGAAAUUAUUGAAGCUUUCAAGGACGGUGGUGCCCCGUCUAACCGAUAGCAAGCACAAGGGGCAAUACGGACGCAUUGGUGUGGUCGGUGGUUCUCUAGAAUAUACGGGAGCUCCAUAUUUUGCAGCUAUAUCAUCGCUGAAGGUAGGUGCCGAUUUGGCUCAUGUCUUUUGUCGCAAAGAGGCAGCCGUUGUCAUUAAGUCAUAUAGUCCCGAAUUGAUUGUCCACCCGAAUUUGGACGAUGAGAAUGCCAUUGAAAUUAUUGCGCCCUGGUUGGAAAGGUUACAUGUAAUUAUAAUUGGACCCGGUUUGGGUCGGGAUCCAGAAAUACAAAAGACUGUCAUUGAACUUAUCAAAGUUUGUUUACAAAUUGAAAAGCCCAUGGUCAUCGAUGCCGAUGGCCUGGCCAUACUCAACGAUCAUUUGGACUUAAUCGAAGGUCAACGCAAUAUAAUUCUAACACCCAAUGCCAUUGAGUUUCGUCGCCUGUUUGGUUCAGUUGCCUCCCCGGCCAGUGAAAGUGAUAAAUUUUGCAAAGAACGUAUGGCCUCACUGGGUGAGGGGGUUAUUGUACUGGAAAAGGGUGCCCGGGACCGCAUACACAUACCCAACACAUCGGAGAUCUAUGUAAUGCCAGCUGGUGGCUCGGGACGUCGCUGCGGCGGUCAGGGCGAUCUGUUGUGUGGCGUCUUAUCGGUGUUUUUCCAUUGGUCCUUGGAAGCCAAUCAGGCUAAUCCCAGUUUUCUGGCUGCCUUUGCAGCUAGCUAUUUUAUGAAGCAUUGUAAUGCCGCGGCAUUUCAGAAGCAUGGACGUGGCAUGCUGGCUACCGAUAUGAUUGGCGAAAUACCGUCGGUAUUUGCUCGUAUUUUCGAAUCAGCCGAGGGCCAGUGUUAGCACUGUUAAGCGGGGAUAUAGC